GUUCAAUAAAAAAAGGCAGGUCACACAAGCAGGUCAAGAACAUGAUGUGUUGAUAAGGUUUUAUGCUUUUUUUUUUCUUUAUAAUUUUGCUUUAUGUUAUCGAGGUUAAAAAUAGUUGCAAACCUAGACAGAUAUAAAUACAACAUUUCUGAUGUUGUAUUUAUUUAUUUCUAGAUUUGCUAGCUCUUGGUUCUCAUUUGGCGACCUGUUCGUCUGUUGAAUUGUUGUUACUGCCGAGAUGCCCCUGAGCAAGGCACUGGAUCCCCCUCCUCCCCCCCACCAACCAGCUCAGAAGUGCUCACUGUGGGCAGCCCCCUCACUCUGACAUCUCUCCCAUAGGUUCCUGUUUGUGCAUGUGUGUUCUUUACUUUAAAGCAUAAUCCAUGGACAGUACAAACACUACUUUAUCUAGUUCCAACACCAAUGAAAAUAUGACAAAAUUGCAAGAAAAGUACCAUCCAAUGGUUUCUACAACAUUUAAAAAAAAAAAAAUGUUGUAGAAACAUCUCAAACAUUUCUUUCCCACAUCAACUUGUUUUCUUUUUCUCCGUCUCCAGAGACUCUUCUUAUGCAUCAAACUCUCUCAUGUUGAAGUUUCCACCAGAGCUCACUGUCCACAAGGACAAUGUGCUGUACUUCCUGUAUGUUGUUGGAGGACUCCUGAUGACGGCCACUGCAGGAAGUCAGUGUGUUGAUGUUGUUGUGAGGACGGCCCAGAACCCCGCUAACCUGCAGCGCCUGUCCAACACACUCAUUGGGCUCAUGGGCCUCCAAUGCAAAAUACAUGCUAAGUCUGCAUCACCACGGAAACAGAAAAUACUUUAUUUCUCUGACAGUUUGAAGAAUCUUUUUGACAUGACAAACACACUGCAAGGACGUCUUCAUUCAAAGGUUUUACGUCUGUUCCCGGAGGAACAAAUGAGCCGGGAGUCGUCUCCUGCUAAUUGUAUCUCAGCUAAAAGAUGCAGGAUCUAUUUUAUCCUGCUGUGCGGUGUGAGGAGACGGACCAUUCUGAUUUUGUGCAUUGGCAGCAAGAGAAGCGAGCUGAAAACCUUCAAACCAGAGAAUCAGUUACAGUGGCUGAUUCAAUUUAGCAGCGAGGCACAAGCACAAGGGGAUGUGGUUUUUCUUUUAUUGAGUGCACAAAGUGGACGUAUUAGCUCCAUAUCUGACGCUGAUGAUGCUACCCAUGAACGUUACCCUUCGAGUCUAAACCUGGGAUUGUCUCUACUGUUUGUCUUCUUUCUUUGGAUGUACUUACCUCAUAUCACAGUUUUUGCUUUGAUCUGUUUUGCUUUAAAAAGAACCUCAAGAAGUUAAAUCAGCUCUGCAGUCGUACAAAUUGCUAAAUAUCUAGGUACAUACGCAACUUGUCAGAAAUGCAGCGAAGGAUUCAAACAUGUGUGGCCCUGUUUCUCUCUCUCCUCCCUCUGUGCACCUGAGUGCAAUCUGCGCUUAAAGGAGGAGGAGGAGGGAGAUUUAGAGGAGCAAGUAGAGUAGAAAAUACUUUGGUACACACACUCUCUAGGCAUGUCUUGAGGAGCUUUGUUUCUCCAUCUUACUUUGUUCUAUUUCCCCCCAAACCCAGGUAUUUAUUUCUUUACCUCUGCAUGUUUAGAU